AUGCAAAACGCUCAAGUCAUGCCUUAUAAAUGGUUGACGACUUUUGAUAGCGAUCAGACAGUCGACAAUGAAGACCUUGUAGUUCUCGGGAGUGCUUACAACGGGACGACGACAACAGAUUGCGACCUGGAGUGUACCGAUGAGGAUUAUCCGGUGUGUGCCAUGGAAGUGAGAGUCAACAAGAAGAUAUUCUCUAACGAUUGCGUCAUGUGGAGGGAGAACGAGUGUAAUGGAGGUCAGUACCAGGAUGUUUGA